CGCUAACCAAGCGGGUGAGGGUAGGCUGACCACAGCCACUCACAAAUCGACAUCUGUCCAUUUAUAAAAAAAAAAAAAAAAAAAAAACCCCGGACGGAGAAGAUACAAAUCCAAGCCCCUCUUCUCUUCCAAAAGAAAAAACUGGGUUUCCUUGUGCCAUCCGUUUCAGGUCAAGGCCUUGGAUUUUGUUCAACGGCUCCUCGCCAAUUGGGCCGUCAGCUCCUCGACUCCGGCCACCGCGCAAAGUUUCUUCGCCGGAGCAAGAGUGUUCGAUCUUGGCCUUCUUUCUUCCUUUCUGGUUCGGAUUUGGGGGUCGGGUUGAAGGAGACGAGAGGGAGGGAGGGAGCCGAAAAAUUGUAAAAAAAAAAACGUGUUGGGCUCUCAGAGCAGGGCUGGUUAGCGAAGUUUCUUCCGGAGGUGAGUUGAGGAUGGAGGCGAUGGUGAAGAAAUACCAGCAGAGGUUCAGGAAGGUUAGGGAGGAGAUGGAGACCUGGGCCCACCUUCAAUCUCUCUUGAUUUCCCAGUUCAGAAUGGCCUCCUCCACCAUCCUCAGGUUGCAGGUGCUUCAAGAUUCCACCAACUACGGUGGUGGCUUGAAUGGAGUUGCCCAUAUUCAAGAGGCCGUGCUGCUCAAGCAGAUGGAGUCAUUGCAAAAACGCUUGCUUUCCAUCAACAACACCAUGGAACAGUUUCAUGGUACUGUAUUGUCUCUUGGGAGGAUUCAUCGUGAUGGUAGGCAGAUGGUAAAAGGUGGUUCUAGUCAGCUGACUGUCAAACAACUGCAGCAACGAGUUGGUGUGAAACCCAGUCUCGCCGACUGCGUAGAUGGGCUCAUGCUUCUUCAGGACAUGCACUGCUCUGAGUACCUUUUAAAGUCAUCAUUGGUUUCAGCGCUAUCAGAACUUACUUUGAAACCCAGUGCCAGUGAUCUGGGUUCCCUCCAGCAGAUCUUGAUUGAUCAGCCCAACAUCCCCAAGGAGGAAGUUCAAUUCAUCUUUGAUAUCAUAUUUGCUGAAGAAAUUUGUUGAUCCUUUUCGUGACAUGAGCUGCAAAUUUUCCUAGCUCCGGAAAGGGGGACUAUUUUGAAAGCAGGAACCUUUAGAUUUUCAAAGAGCAAUGAGGAAAGGAAUGACGGUUGGGUUCCAAGGUGCUAGCAACAUUCAUUUCUGGAAGUGCAUAAGACGAAGAUGAGCAAUCAUGAAAAAUCAAAUUUACCUGUAAUCUCUAUGCAAGUGAUUUGAUCGAGCAGAAUGUUAGAAUCUUUUAGUUAUUCUGUUGUUCGCUCCCCUUGAAGAAGAUUUUGUUUCAAUGCAUUUUGCUGAAGAAAGGGGGUUUUGCACUAUUCUUGUUUUCACUCACGUGAGAAGAGAAUUUUGAUGAGGUCAAGAUACCUUACCAUUCUUGAUCCAGUCCAAGUCACUUUGACCAAUAGAGCUUUCCAUUCAAUGACAUUUGCCUUCUACUAUUCUUUAUA